UUACGUCAGGUACCUUUUGGAUAACAGACUUUGAUGCGAACCGAGCUAAGUUAUUUUUGUACUGCUCUCCAGUGUUUGUGUUUCAAUAAAAUUCCUUUGGUUUCUUGUCGGCUGGUGCAAAUUGUCCUGCUGCCAGGUCACGAGCUUGUCAUUAACAGGUGGGCGGGACUCCUUCCCCCAAGAACCUCCAGUAACGAGCGGGAGAGGACAUCGUGGAAAUGCUUCCUGGAAGAUGGUGUGGCCGGGGGCAGACGUAAAGGUCACUGCUUUGCAAAGUAAUGGAAUACCGCUGUAUAGUGCAGCCCACGUGGAACGAGUUGGAUUUCGGAGGUCAGUGGUGGAGCACGGUCCAGACAGCCAGGAAAACAUGACGGCCGCCAGCCGGAGAGGGGUGCCAGCGCCAGAUGUGCUUCUCCCUGGAGCCCGAUCGAGGGAGCAAAGCCCCUCUGCCACAAUGGUGGGUCUGAAGCCACCCGAGGUGCCCCCGACAGCCGCCAUGAAGUUCGUCAGCGCCGGGAUGGCCGGCUGCAUCGCCGACCUCUGCACCUUCCCCCUGGACACUGCCAAAGUGCGGCUGCAGAUCCAAGGUGAGGUGCGGAUCCCCCGGAGCACCAGCACCGUGGAGUACCGGGGCGUUUUGGGGACGCUGAGCACCAUGGUGAGGACGGAGGGACCCCGCAGCCUCUACAGCGGGCUGGCGGCCGGGCUGCAGCGGCAGAUGAGCUUCGCCUCCAUCCGCAUCGGGCUGUACGACUCGGUGAAGCAGCUCUACACCCCCAAGGGUGCCGAAAGCACAGGGCUGGCAGCGCGGGUGCUGGCGGGCUGCACCACGGGGGCGGUGGCGGUGACGUGCGCCCAGCCCACCGACGUGGUCAAGGUACGGUUCCAGGCCAACGGGGCGCAGCCGGACGGCGUCCGCCGGUACAGCGGCACCGUGGAUGCCUACCGCACCAUCGCCAGGGAGGAGGGCGUCCGCGGGCUCUGGAGAGGGACGCUGCCCAACAUCGCCCGCAACGCCAUCAUCAACUGCGGGGAGCUCGUCACCUACGACCUCAUUAAGGACGCGCUGCUGCGGGCGCACCUGAUGACAGACAACGUCCCCUGCCACUUCGUGGCCGCCUUCGGGGCCGGCUUCUGCGCCACAGUGGUGGCGUCACCGGUGGACGUGGUGAAGACGCGGUACAUGAACGCCGGUCCCGGGCAGUACCGGAACGUGCUCAGCUGCUUCCUGGCCCUACUGAUGCAGGACGGCCUCGCCGGCUUCUACAAGGGGUUCGUCCCCUCCUUCCUGCGGCUCGGCUCCUGGAACGUGGUGAUGUUCGUCUCCUACGAGCAGCUGCAGCGUGUCGCGGUGCUGGCCCGGCCGGCCCAAUCCUGACCCCCAUCCCACCCCAGCCCCUCUCGCCAGCGUUGGCGAGACACAGGAGUAAAUUAUAUUAAUUGCUGAAGCGGCAAGGGAGCAGCGACGCUGAACACCCCCAGCCCGACGGGGAUCCCCCCGAGAGGGACCGGCGAGACGAAAGGACAAAUGACGAUGUUUGUGGAGAAAUGUGGAAAAACGGAGGUUUCCAGAGCGGAGUUGAGGGAGGAAGAAAAAAAGUUUAUAGGUUUUCCAGGCGGGAAGAGCAUCGCUUCCCAGUGGCGGCAGUGGGAACAAGGCGAGCAGCGUGAGCAGGUGGAACCGAUUCGAAGGCCGGGGGAUGCGGCGAUUCCUGUUGUUCCUUAGUGACGCUUCCAAUAAACCGCCCCUAUGGGGUCUGAUCACAGCA